AGUCCGUUGCUGGUUCUAUAUUUUCUUGGUACCUAAUUCGCCACGGAGACCACUUUUUACUUGGCUUGCAGUAAGUUGUAGGAUUCAUAAAUAUUUUUAGUUUCUGGUAUUGCUGUCCUUUAUUCAUUUUCCAAGCAUCACUUUCACUACUUGAAAAAGAACUCUCAAUAUCUUUACGCUGACAGUCAGCCCAAAGUCUUCGCGCAAAUUCUUCACACAAAAUGGCUGCUUCUUCGAGCACAAUAAAGGUUCCGAUGCCGGCGAAGCCGCAGUUCGAGUAUGCGUUGGAGGCGAAAAAGUACAAAAAUCCCGAAUUCGGCGAAAUGGGGACGCAGUACUGCCACUUGUACCACGUGCGGCUGCACGAAUUGAAGCCGCAUUUGCUCAAAUCCAUCAGCGAGAAGUGGGGGACGGACGCCCCCGUCUUGGAGAAGAUUGCCUUGGUGAACCUUGCGGAUUGCGAAGUGGGGCAAACGUACGUCAUCAUCGGCACGUUGAUGAAGAAGUUCGCGAAAAGACAGGGCGUUUUUGCGAAGGGAAAGCUCCGGGACAACGUGAAUGAAAUCACGGAUCGAACGGAAAAGUGGGCAAGUGACACGGAUACACUGGUACAAUCGAAAUUUUUGAGAAUGUACUAGCCCUGUCUGGCACUUACUGGUUUUUGUUCUUCAGCGCUGCUACAAGAAGCUUGUUGGUGCCAACAUGAACGCUUGCAUCUCGUCUCUUUUUAAUAUCGUCAUUCAGAAAUAGAAUAAAUCCCAUUACAACACUCACACCAGAGCGCCCACGACGAUUCGUCGCACAUCCAGCUCUCGGGCGCAGUCAAUGUCGGCAGCCUGGUUACGGGCAUGGUCGUGGGGUUGAAGGGAAAGAAAACGUCGAAGACGUCGCCCUUCGUAGUGGAGGACGUUUGCUUGCCGGGCGCCCCGCCGACGUACUCCUACGGGAAUUCCAGUUCCUCCACUGCUCCUAUGGACAUUGACGGGCAAGCGGUGAACACGAGCCUAAACCUCUUGAGACCCAUGCAGAAGGACGGGGUUUACUGCGGGUUCGUGUCUGGCCCGUUGCUGGCACGGAAGGAAGGGCUCGCAACGCUCACGGACCGAGUUGCGUCGGACCCCAGGAUAGCGCACCUCGUGCUGGCUGGGAAUACGGUAUAGAAGAUACUUGCGUAGUUAGUACGUUAGGAGUAGCAAUUUCGCGGAGGAGGUGAAGCUAUACGUGCAUUUCGUUGUACCACUUGCAACAACUUGAAAUUACUGCAAAAUUAGAAAUCAUAAACCACACUACAGUACUCGAACACGUUGUCGAAGAUUAAAAAAGCGGACAGCGCGUUCGCCACCCUGGGUAAAUUCGUCAGCGUCGACAUCCUACCGGGGUUUCGGGAUACGCACGUGGUCUCUUUUCCGCUCGAAAGACCUGCGCCCAUGCUGUUUCCCGAGAGCGCGGAGUGUCCGAACGUGCAGGGUGUACCGUCCCCGUUUGACGCCCGAAUAGGAAACUUGCGCGUUCUAGGCCAUGCGGGCGAGCCCACGGACGACAUUAUGAGGUACAACUUAAGUCAGUGGGGCGAUACUAUGUUGCUUUCAUCCAUCAACAUGGACUUUUACUAUCACCGCUAUGAUUUUUGGGCGUGAUUAUGAAAAUUGUUGUGAACAAGAACAUUCUUUUAUUGAUGGUCCUCGUUCGGCGGCUUCAGGUGCAGCACCGUCGAAGACACGUUGAGCGCCCUGCAGCUUUCCCUGGAAGCCCGCCAUGUGGCUCCGACCUGCCCCGACACCCUGAAUUGUGCGAGUUUUAAGGAUGUGGAUCCGUUGCUGCUCACCGAAAGUCCGACCUUGUACUUUGCGGGGAACCAGGCGGAGGCCAAGGCCGCACGCUUUCACAAUACGACACUGCUUUGCGUGCCAGAUUUGAGAAAACAGGCGGCGUUAGUGCUGGUCAACAUGUACGACCCAACAGACGUCUGCAUGGAACUGCUGGAGUGGAAUUGACAGUAAGCCGAGGCCUGGUGCCUCGGUUUUGGCGGACAGAGUGGACAGAUCUGGCGGUCGAAAAGAACAACGGUGUUGAACUUAAAGCUGACCACCUCCCACGAUCCGGCGGCAUCGGCAUGUUCAUUAGCAAAACAUUCAAGCGCAAAGAUUGAUGAUGAGACGCCGCGGCCCUCUGCAAGAACAAAGCUAUUGCACGGACAGCCCGAUGAAGAU